CGAAGCAAGUCCGAUAUGGUUAUUUUAUUUGAUUAUCUUCGCCCGAAUCCGAAGCCUCGAUAUCUGAAUCGGUUCGGAUCUGAUGAUGAUGUUGGAGUCGUUAUCCGAUACCUCAUAAUCGGGUGGGAGUCUCGAGAGAUCGUCGACUCUCCAUAUGCCUCUUCGCCGCCUUCCUCUCUCCCUCUCCUCUUCGCGUCAUCGCCGGGCGCCUGUGGACGUCCUCUUCCUCCUUGCAUCACCGAUCGUACCCCUCGGAUCCGCCGUGACUCUGUUACAAGCAUCCAGGUUCUUCUUCGUUAUCGUCUAUUUCUCCUCCCGACAUUUAGAGAGGCCUUUUUGCGGACGAUCAGCGUGCGUGUAACGCCCCAACCAAGUUCAAGUUGCGUUGACCGGAGUAGUAUAUAUAUGCAUAUAUGUAUGCCAACCAUGGAGCUACCACUGUCGGAAAACAAGACGGGGGUCACCAUGGAGCUACCAGUUUCGGAAAAGAAGACAGAGCGCGAGCCAGAGCAGCAACCAGCAUCACCACCGCCGCAGGCUGAUGCCAAUGGCUUCAAUUUCCUUACCAUCAUCGCCCUCCUGUUCCUCACCGUCAAUUCGGCGGAUGUCGCCUACCGAUCGCGCCACGAUCCCCCGACGCUGGCCUUCGUGGUGUUCGCCUACUCUGACUUGAUGAUGCUCCUUUUUUGCCUCAAGAAGAUGGAACAGCUGCCACUGGAGGGGAGGGAGCGACUCAAGUUCCCGGUUUGGGCCCUCUCGACGGCUCUCAUCCUCGCGUUCUCGUGGCGGGUGGCGGAGAUAAUGCCUCUGGUACUGGCUGUCGUCGUCUGGCUAUUGUCGGGAUCCGUCGCCGUGGGUGGGUUUUAUGGGCUGUUCAUAUAUCGGGAGACGGAGGACGGUGGUGUCGUCGAUCAUGCUUAUUCUCUUGCCAAAACCAAUGAGCUCUCUCCCGAAGAGAAAGUCUAAUGCUGUGCACCGGGCAUUUAGUAUUCUUGAUCGCUCUGCUAUGCAGCUUGCACUGAGCAUGUAAUAUACUUAGUCGCUGCAUUUUACAUAACGAUCACACUUGGAAUAUAUAAUUCAAUAAAGCUAUCUAUGAGCUAAUUACAUAUUUUUCUCUUAGGUCUCUUUAGUGUUGUGAUUUUUAUUUUUUAAAAAAUUAUAUUGGAUCCUCAUAGUUUCAAAAUCAUUAUGAUUUAUUUCAUUUUUAA